AUGAAUUAAGUAGAAAAUUUGCUUAAACCAUCUAUGAUUAAUAAAAAAUCUUAAGUAUAUGAUAAUAACUCUAAUACAGACUAUUUUAAUUAAUGGGAAUCAAAAUUAUAAUUAUAAGAAACACAAGUAUCUUAUAUAAUAAUAUUUAAGUAUAGUUAAUAUAAAAAGAAAAGAAAUUGAAGGAAAAAGAGAAUUAAUUAUCUUAAAAGGAAGACCUAUUGAUAAAAAAAGAGUUAGAUUUAAAUUAAAAAAUGAUGAAAUAUUCUGCAAUAUUAGAGUAAAUAAUUGCAUAGAAAUCAAUGAAAUCAAAUCCAUAAUUAUUAACAUUAAACUCAAAUGAUAAAUCAUAUAGAAAUUAGAAUUUAAAUGAAUACUAAGAUCGAGUUAUAAAUUUAUUGAACACAAUUAGAAGUAAUAGUUAAAAAUAAUAAUAAUUAAUUCAUUAACAAUCUUAUUUUGGAAGUACUAUAGAAUUAACAGAAGAUAAAUUUAGUAAGAGUUCAAGAGGCUUUUAAUGGAUAUGA